UCCUUCCCUACCACCUCCACCACUACUAACACAACUAAUUAUCCUUAGCAGCUACCGUACAUGUAUUCCUUUCCUGCCUGUCUAGCUAUAUAUAAGCAGCCAAGACUUGCUACCUUCUUGCCAUACAUAGUUCAUAUAUACGCAUUAUUAUUAGGAUACGUACCUUGGACGUUUUUCCCCGACCGUCGGCAGCCGGAAAUUGGGAGCCAUGCAAGGGGAAGAAGGUCUGGUGGUGAGGGGCCGAGUGGAGAUCGACACACGACAACCGUUUCGCUCCGUGAGAGAAGCCGUUAUGUUGUUUGGCGAAAAAAUACUAGCUGGAGAAGUCUAUGGCAACAAGCUCAAAGAGAUGCAAAGCAAAGCAAGUAAUGGGCAGAGCCAGCCCUCCAAGAUAGGAGCAGUAACGGCAGAGCUCGAAGAGACGAAGCAAAGCCUACAAAAAGCUAAAGAAGAAGGCAGUCUCAUGGCUCACUGCCUAACUUCCCUAAGGCAAGAACUUGAACAGACAAAAAGGGAGCUGCAUCAACUCAAGGCCAAGAAAACCAACAUAGCACCCCAUUUUGAUAUUGAUGAAGAACCAGAGAUUGAAGAGCUAAAGUUUGUGGAAAACACGAGCAAUGUGGAGAUCACGGUGGGCACCCCAGGGAACGACGAAGAUGGAUUGGAGUUUGAGAAGAAAAGAUCGGUCAAGUUCGCGAGUCCUCCAUUGUUAACAAAAGUGAUAGUCAGCAAGGACAGCAGCACGGCUGAAGACGGCCAACGAGCGCCUUUGAAGUCGAAAAAGAAGAUGAAGAAGAACCCUUUGGUUCCAUUGAUUGGAGGGUUGUUCUUGAAGAAGAUUAAGGGGCGCAAAGAGUCUGAAUCUUGCAACUGAAGACAAUGUUUGGUUUGCAUGCUAUACACUUGAUUUGCGAUCUUUACUAUACUACAAGAAGAGGGGUCUUGGGUGAUGGAUUGAUCUUACUUCUGAGUGAUCAUAGCUUGGCACUGUUUGGGAGUAGAAAUAAUGAGAUAUAUUUCCUUCCAAUCCAAUUCUGUUCUUUCAUGUUCUGACCCCUAUUUUUGGGAUUUUAAGGUUUGGUGGGGGGUUGAUGUACGUGGGAUAGGACAAUAUUAGGUGAUCUUGUUUCAUAUGAUGUUCAUGUAACUGUUCUCUGUGUCUAUCAUGUUCGUUAGUUUGUCAAAUUGUUCAGUUGGGAUUUGUUUUAGGACAAAUAAUAGUAUCAAUGAUCAUGAACUUUGAGUUCUGUAUCAAUUUACUUUUCUAAUGUUUCAUUUUUUAUCUUAAA